AUGAGAAUGAACAUGGAACAUUCAUGUGUUCAACUAGACAAUUUACCAGAUGAAAUUCUUCUGAUUAUUUUCCAAAAACUACACAAUUGUGAUGUACUUUAUUCUUUCAUAGGUCUUAAUAAACGACUUGAUACAAUUGUAAAUGAUACAAUUUUUACAAGAAAUUUAACACUAAUAACAUCUGCUCAUAGUUCAUCACAUCAAUUUACUGAUAUGGUACUUGAUCGAUUUUGUCGUGAAAUUUUACCUAGAAUUAAUGAUAAAAUCGAACGACUUAAUAUUGAAUCAUCAAUUAUGGAACGAAUUCUUCUUGCAACAAAUUAUCCCAAUUUACAUGCACUCGGUUUAUAUAAUUUUGCAUUUGAAACAGCGAAUCAACUCUUUUGUGAUGGAAGUUAUUUAAUUCGUCAAUUUCAAAAUCAAAUCUCAUCACUUUUUAUUAAUAUGAGACCGCAUGUACAACUAAGUGAUGGAUGGGGACAUCCACAGAAAAGAAAUAUAUUUAUAUUUAUUAAAUUCUGUACUCGAUUCAAGAAUUUACAAUGUUUAAAUUUCAGUUCAUCUUGUGAUUAUGAACAAUUAACAUUUACUAGCAUAGCUCCAACUGAAUUCUCUUCGAAUUUAUUAGAAUUACAUGUUACGAAACUGCCCAAUUUACAAUGCUUUUCGCUAAUCCAUGAAGGUCGAACAUCAAUGUAUGAUGAAAUAUUUGUUCCACUUUUACGUAGAAUGCCAAAUUUAGAAGAACUUAGUUUAUAUUUUGUCAGUACACGUGGACCAAUUAUUGAUGGUGAUAAUUUGGAAAAAAAUAUUAUUAAUCAUAUGACAAGAUUAAAUAAAUUUAUAUUUAAUAUUUGUUCAGCUAUUUGUCUUGAUCAGUUAGUUAAUUUACCAUCAAAUGAAAAUAUUCAAAGUGCAUUUCGAAAUUUUCAAAAUAGUCAAAUUAUUUCAUUUGUUGAUUGUUUUUUAGAAUCAGAGUUAUAUUAUUAUCAUAUUUAUUCAUAUCCAUAUACAUGGAACUUUUUUAAUAAUAUAACAAAUAAUUUUCCUGGAGGAUUAUUUAAAUGUGUUCGUGAAAUAUCAUUACUUGAUGAACGUCCAUUUCAACAUGAAUUUUUUCUUCGAAUUGCUCACUCAUUUCCAUUUAUCAAUAAAUUAACUUUAAAUAAUCGUGAACCACAAGAAAAUGAUAAUCAACAAUGUUUAAUCAUAAAAUAUCAUCAUCUUACUAUACUUGAUCUUGUUAAAGCUCAUGAUAAUUAUGUUGAAGAAUUUUUAAACAGUACUAAGACGUAUUUAUUAAAUAAUGUUCAUCUUUAUGUACGUUAUGGUUCUUUACAAAAAGCAACAGACGAUUUUACAAGAGAUGUAACACAAGUUAAUUGUUCCAAAAUCAUUCGUCUUGUAGUGUUUGGCCAUGAUAUAGAACUUCCAAAAUUAAAAGACUAUUUUCCUCAUGCAAAUAUCUCCUGA